GGCGCCGCCGCGCAAGAAUUUAGAAGACGAAGAAGAAUGUAGCUUCGGUAGCUGCUCUGUUGAUUUAAUGUAACCAACUGGUCAGCUGAGCCAUGAGUGAGUUCAGGAUCCACCACGACGUGAACGAGCUGCUCAGCCUCCUGCAGGUGCGAGGAGGUGAUGGAGCAGAGGGAUACAUCGACCUACUGCAGAAACACAGGACUCCCUAUGUCACCACCACAGUGUCUGCUCACAGUGCCAAGGUCAAAUUAGCAGAGUUCUCCAAAACGCCUGAAGACUUCCUGAGGAAGUAUGACGAGCUGAAGUCCAAAAAUGUUCGCAACCUCGACCCUUUGGUGUAUCUGCUGUCCAAACUCUGCGAGGAUAAAGAGACGCUUCAGUUUCUGCAGCAGAACGCCAAAGAAAGAUCCGAGUCCUCAGCGAAUGCCAACUCGAGCACCACCACCAGUUACUCUGUGCCUCAGAGCAGCACAAAGAUGUCCAUGCAGGAGCUGGACGAGCUGCGUAAGAAGCUGGGCAACGUGACGGCCAGCUCCAACGCGCCUCUGCCCGCUGAAGUCACGCGGAAGAUGUUACGGGACAAACACAAUAAGAAGAAUUCCACGCAGCCUAACCCCGUGUUUCCUAACUGGGUCUACGACCGUCCAGCUCUCAUCGGAGACUUCAUGACCAGCCCCGCCCCGGCAGCAGAACCAGCUGUGGCCAUCGGUACGCUGCCUCUGUCGGCUCAGGAGCAGUUUGUGGUGGAGGACCUGCUGUUUGUUCUGAUCGGGGUGGAUGGGCGAGACAUCACGGCCCAGCCUGUUCUGGGGAGGCAGAACCGCUCUUUUAUAGUCGAAACAACGCUGGACGUGUCUGUCAAAGAGCUGGUGAACAGAAUAUUACCAGUGGCGUCGUAUUACUCCACUAUAACACGGUUCAUCGAGGAGAAGUCGUCCUUCGAGUACGGCCAGGUGAACCACGCUCUCACGGCGGCGAUGAGGACUCUGAUGAAGGAGUACCUGAUCCUCGUCACGCAGCUGGAGCACCUCCAGCGGCAGGGCCUUUUGUCGCUGCAGAAGCUCUGGUUUUAUAUCCAGCCCACCAUGAGGACCAUGGAGAUCCUGGCGUCGAUUGCCUCCUCGUUGGACAAAGGGGACUGUAUGGGUGGAUCGACACUCAGCCUUCUUCAUGACCGCACCUUUAACUACACGGGUGACAGCCAGGCUCAGGAGCUCUGUCUGUACCUCACUAAAGCUGCCAGCGUCCCGUACUUUGAGAUCCUGGAGAAGUGGAUCUACAGAGGCAUCAUCAAGGAUCCCUACAGUGAGUUUAUGGUGGAGGAGCACGAGCUGCAGAAGGAGAAGAUUCAAGAAGACUACAACGACAAGUACUGGGACCAGCGGUACACCAUCGUCCAGCACCGGAUUCCCUCCUUCCUACAAAAAAUGGCUGACAAAAUAUUAAGCACAGGGAAGUACCUGAACGUGGUGCGGGAGUGCGGCCGGGACGUGACGUGUCCCGACGCUAAGGAGGUUCUGUACACCCUGAAGGAGCGGGCCUACGUGGAGCAGAUAGAGAAGGCCUACAACUACGCCAGCAAGGUCCUCCUGGACUUCCUCAUGGAGGAGAAGGAGCUGGUCUCACGGCUCAGGUCAAUCAAGCACUACUUUUUGAUGGACAAAGGAGACUUCUUCGUGCACUUCAUGGACCUGACGGAGGAGGAGCUGAAGAAGCCGGUGGACGACAUCGUUCCUCCGAGACUCGAAGCUCUGCUGGAGCUCGCUCUGAGAAUGAGCACGGCCAACACGGACCCCUUCAAAGACGACCUGAAGAUCGACCUGAUGCCUCAUGACGUCAUCACUCAGCUGCUGCGAGUCCUCGCCAUCGAGACCAAGCAGGAGAAGGCCAUCAUCAACGCCGAGCCGACGGACGUGGCGCUCAGCGGGCUGGAGGCCUUCUCCUUCGACUACAUCGUCAAGUGGCCGCUGUCGCUCAUCAUCAACAGGAAGGCGCUGACGAGGUACCAGAUGCUUUUCAGACACAUGUUUUAUUGCAAACACGUGGAGCGGCUGCUGUGCAACGUGUGGAUCAGCAACAAGGACUCCAGGCAGUACUCGCUACACUCGGCCAAGUGGUUUGCCGCUGCGUUCGCCCUGCGCCAGCGGAUGCUCAACUUCGUGCAGAACAUCCAGUACUACAUGAUGUUUGAGGUGAUGGAGCCCACCUGGCACGUCAUGGAGAACAACCUGAAGACGGCUUCGAAUAUCGACGACGUUCUCUGCCACCACACCAGCUUCCUGGAUAACUGCCUGAAGGACUGCAUGCUGACCAACCCUGAGCUGCUCCGGAUCUUCUCCAAACUCAUGUCCGUCUGCGUCAUGUUCACAAACUGCAUGCAGCGGUUCACUCAGAGCCUGAGGUUGGAGCGUCUCUCUCAGGAGCAGGAGAUGAUGGAGGCACCGCCAGCUCAGAGCGAACCCGAGAAGAAGAAGACGACCACAAAGUUUUUAGCCGCGCACGCAGACGGCCCUCAGUCCGACGCCGGCUUCGAAGCCACCAUCAGUAAGUUCGACAGCAACUUCAGCCUGCUGCUUCUGGACCUGCUGGACAAACUGAGCGUCUACAGCACCAACGACUGCGAGCACAGCAUGAUCAGCAUCAUCUACAGGCUGGACUUUAACGGCUUCUACACGGAGCGUCUGGAGAGGAUGGCUGUAGAACGCAACCAGAAAGCUGCAGCGUGACCCGUUUUAAACCGUUACCGACCGAUUAAAGAACCUGCCGUCUGCACCGCGGGUCACUCAGAAACACCAGGAUGACCCCCGUCACACGGAGCCGCUCCGACGUCUGUGUGUAAAUUAUGUUUUCUAUGAUGUGAAAUGACUCGAUGUGUGCAGAAUCAUUCCACAGCUUCAGCUCUGAAACUUCACAUUAAUUAUUAUGCAUGUACAGUCAAAACAUGUUUUUUUUAAAUGUGUAUUUUCAUUGCAGCUCAUUAAAAGAACUUUCUAAAUGGAUUUAGAUGUUGGAUCUUUUACUACGUGGUUUGUGCAACGAGAGUCUCCAAACUUAACAUUAAAGUUUAAAAAAAAAAAAAAAGUUAAGUUUUAUAUUUAGGAUGUAAUUUGGUUUGUGAAUUACAGACAAAUGUUUAAACUUGUUCAGCUUUUUAAAGUUGAGCCAAAACCUCAUAAAUGAAUAAAGAUCGUAGCUGAAACUAGACACUUGUAAUUUAUUUG